GUUGAUUUCCUGAUUCCCAGCAUUAUUGUUGUUCAAGCCCUCCUUACAAGAAUUUGUCAAUUAACUAGUGGCUGCAGCGCGUUGAGUUUAUCCGUCUAUAUAAACUAAAUCCUCUGCAAUUUUUGGUAUCAUAAAUUCAAAAUCAUCAUUUAUUUAGCAAUAUGGCCAAGGUUUAUCCCUUCACGCCCUCCUCGUCUUGUUUUAGUGGAAAAACAUAUACGAUAUGGAUGAAAUCACUUGUAGCCAAUGGGAACGGAUUCACAGUGUAUGAUUCCUGUGGCAGAGUUGUGUAUCGCAUAGACAAUUACAGUAAGAAGAGUUGCAGUCAAGUUUAUCUCAUGGAUCUUCAUGGCAAUGUCCUCUUUUCCAUGUUUCAAAAGAAAUUAAUUGGAUUUGGGCACUGGAAUGGCUAUAAUAACGAUGCUGGAGAAAAGAGUGAGAAGCCGUGGUUUGAGGUUAAAAACUGCAGCAAGUUUCUGAAGAGAAGAGGAAAAGAAUAUCAUGUAGCUAUGGGUGGUGAUAAUACUAAUUUCUAUAAGAUUAAAGGGAUUGAAGGAAAAUCUGAAUUUAUUAUAAGUGACAGACAAGGCAGAGUUGUUGCAGAGGCUACGCAGAAACAAUCUGCUUCUGGAGUUAUGCUAGGACAAGAUGUAUUAAGCUUGAAGCUGGAGGCUCAUGUUCAUGAUCAUUCCUUCAUCAUGGCUCUUGUCGCCGUGUAUGGAUUAUUAACUAGGAAAAUGUAAACUCGAGUAACAAUUUCAUAUUACCUAUAGCUAUGGAGUGUUCUUUACUCUCAAAGGAUAUCAGUAACUCUGAGGCUCAACAAUUAUGUACUCUACUGAUGGUAGCAUAGUCUAUAAAUAUGACUUUUUCUUAUUUCAUUUUGUGAAUGAUGAAAACGACCCUGUAAAGUGUUCCAAAAUUGCAGUUUUGAAAUCGUCCAAAACAAAUUACAAUAUAUGAAAAAUAUGAUGAAAAUGAGUGAAUUAGUCCGUUUUAUUGGA